AGGCCAGGAAAGAAAUUGACUAAAAAACCAACAGGUGUCAGGGCUGGGGCUGGUUUGAGCUCGCCGGAAUUCUGCAGCAAGAGGAGGAAGAUGACUUGAGGUUGGCCUGAAAGAGGGCCGCCCUCCUGCGCGGAAUGCAAUGUUGAUUCUGAGGCAUUGAUGUUUUACAAUGCCUGAUCAAGACACAAAGGUGAAGAGCACAGAGAAAUCAGCUGAUAAGAAGCAGCAAGGGACCACCACCAGGGACUACUCAGAUCUUAAAAGACUUCGGUGCCUUUUGAACGUUCAGUCAAGCAAACAGCAGCUUCCAGCCAUUAACUUUGACAGUGCCCAAAAUAACAUGACGAAGUCUGAGUCCACCAUCAAGGCAGGGGCACUCAGAGCUCGUGGUCAAUGGCAUGAGUCCACAGAAGCAGUUGAACUUGAAAAUUUUAGUAUAAACUACAAGAAUGAGAGGAAUUUCAGCAAACACCCACAGCAUCAGUUAUUUCAGGAGAUCUUUACAGCUCUGGUGGGAAACAGACUGAGAUGCAGAGAGUGGGUUAACCGAGCUCCAUCCAUUCAUUUUCUGAGAGUGUUAAUUUGUCUGAGGCUGCUAAUGAGGGAUCCAUGUUAUCAGGAAAUACUCCAUGAGUUGGGUGGGAUUGAAGACCUGGCUCAGUACAUGGAGAUUGUGGCCAACGAGUACCUGGGUGACGCUGAGGAGCAGCACUGUGUGGACAAGCUGGUCAACAUGACGUAUAUUUUUCAAAAACUCGCUGCUCUGAAAGACCAAAGAGAAUGGGUCACUGCAAGUGGAGCCCACAAGACUUUAGUGAAUUUACUUGGUGCCCGAGACACCAAUGUCCUGUUGGGUACUCUUCUGGCACUGGCUAGCUUGGCAGAGAGUCCAGAGUGUAGAGAGAAGAUCAGUGAACUCAACGUAGUAGAAAACCUAUUGAUGAUUCUGCAUGAAUAUGACUUACUCUCCAAAAGACUCACGGCCGAGCUCCUGCGCCGGCUCUGCACCGAGCCCCAGGUGAAGGAGCAGGUGAAACUCUACGAGGGCAUCCCCAUCCUGCUCAGCCUGCUCCACUCUGACCACCUGAAGCUCCUGUGGAGCGUUGUCUGGAUUCUGGUGCAGGUGUGUGAGGACCCGGAGACCAGUGUGGAGAUCCGUGUCUGGGGUGGGAUCAAGCAGCUCCUUCAUAUUUUACAAGGAGACAGAAAUUUUGUUUCUGAUCGUUCCUCCAUCGGAAGCCUGUCCAGUGCAAAUGCGGCAGGACGAAUCCAGCAGCUUCAUUUGUCAGAAGAUUUAAGCCCUGGGGAAAUCCAGGAAAAUACCAUUUCUCUCCAAGCAGCCUGCUGUGCUGCCCUCACUGAGCUGGCCCUCAACGACACCAAUGCCCACCAAGUGGUCCAGGAAAAUGGUGUAUAUAUAAUAGCAAAAUUAAUUUUACCAAAUAAACAAAAGAAUGCAGCAAAAACUAAUCUACUACAGUGUUACGCUUUUAGAGCCUUGCGGUUUCUCUUCAGUAUGGAAAGAAACAGGCCGCUCUUUAAAAGACUUUUCCCCACCGACCUGUUUGAGAUCUUCAUCGACAUAGGACAUUAUAUUCGUGACAUCAGUGCUUACGAAGGCUUGGUAUCACAGUUGAAUUUACUAUUGGAAGAUGAACUGAAGCAAAUUGCUGAGAAUAUUGAAAGCAUCAAUCAGAAGAAAGCACCGCUGAAGUACAUAGGCGACUAUGCUGUGUUGGACCAUCUUGGAAGCGGAGCUUUUGGCUGUGUUUAUAAGGUUAGAAAGCGUAGUGGUCAAAAUCUUUUAGCAAUGAAGGAGGUCAAUUUACAUAACCCAGCAUUUGGGAAGGAUAAGAAAGACCGGGAUAGCAGUGUGAAGAACAUUGUUUCUGAAUUGACAAUAAUUAAGGAGCAGCUUUAUCAUCCCAAUGUUGUACGUUAUUAUAAAACAUUUUUGGAAAGUGACAGGUUGUAUAUUGUUAUGGAGCUGAUAGAAGGAGCCCCACUUGGAGAGCACUUUAGUUCUUUGAAGGAAAAACAGCACCAUUUCACGGAAGAAAGACUAUGGAAAAUAUUUAUACAGCUGUGCUUAGCUCUUCGGUAUCUACACAAGGAGAAGAGGAUUGUCCAUAGAGAUCUGACCCCAAACAACAUUAUGCUGGGAGAUAAGGACAAAGUGACAGUUACUGACUUUGGCCUGGCAAAGCAAAAACAGGAAAGCAGUAAGCUCACGUCUGUGGUGGGAACCAUCCUCUAUUCUUGCCCAGAGGUCCUGAAGAGUGAGCCGUAUGGAGAGAAGGCUGAUGUCUGGGCUGCAGGCUGCAUCCUCUAUCAAAUGGCGACUCUGAAUCCUCCCUUCUGCAGUACCAAUAUGCUCUCCUUGGCUACUAAAAUAGUGGAGGCGGUGUAUGAGCCCGUGCCAGAAGGCAUCUACUCUGAAAAAGUGACAGAUACCAUUAGCAGGUGCCUCACUCCUGAUGCAGAAGCCCGUCCGGAUAUCGUAGAAGUUAGUGCCAUGAUUUCAGAUGUCAUGAUGAAGUAUUUAGACAACUUAUCCGCAUCCCAGCUGGCCUUGGAGAGGAAACUGGAACGGGAGCGCAGGCGCACGCAGAGAUAUUUUAUGGAAGCCAACAGGAACGCUGUCACAUGCCACCACGAUCUGGCUCUGCUGUCCCAGGAAACCUUUGAGAAGGCAAGCUUAAGCAGCAGCAGCAGUGGAGCAGCCAGCCUGAAGAGUGAGCUUUCAGAGAGCUCGGAGCUACCAGGGGACGGCUUCCACCUGCCCUGCGGGAAGGAGGAGGACAGGACCUGUGAGGAGGUGCUCUCCGAGGAUAACUUCCAGCUGGACGGUGUGGAGAAAGACCUGUAUUCUGAGCUAGACGACGAGCUGGAUGUCCCAGACAACUGCAGCAGCUCCAGUUCAAGCCCUCUAAAGGAGUCUACAUUCAGCAUUUUCAAGAGAAGUUUCAGUGCUUCCGGAAGAGAAAGGCACUCGCAGGCGAGGGACUUCAUUGGUGGAAUAGGAUCAAGACCGAGACCAGCAUCUGCAGGCAUUGCUGUCUCCCAGCGCAAAGUGCGGCAGAUCAGCGACCCCAUUCAGCAGAUUCUACUCCAGCUGCACAAAGUCAUCUUCAUCACACAGCUCCCUCCGGCUCUGCACCAUGAUCUGAAGAGAAGGGUUGUAGAGAGAUUUAAGAAGUCUCUGUUCAGCCGACAGAGUAACCCGUGCAACCUGAAGUCUGAAAUCAAGAAGUUAUCUCAGGGAUCUCCAGAACCAAUUGAGCCAAACAUUUUUACGUCGGAUUACCACUUACUACAUCAUUCCCUGACUGCAAGUGAUCCCACAGGUCCAGCCGCCAGCCUUGAAUUGGAAGAGGGGAUCUCGUAUGAGCAGUUGCAGACUGUGAUUGAAGAAGUCCUAGAGGAAAGCGGCUAUUAUAAUUUCACAACUGACAGAUCUUCUAGAUGUCACUCUUAUCCAUGGGGGACCAAGAAUUACCCAACCAAAAGAUGAGCGCACUGCAUUGGAACAGACGGAGUUUCACGGUCAAGCUCAAGUUCCAGACUUCAGCUGAGACUGCAGGCGGCCCAGGACUGCAGGAUGCUGCUAGAACAGCAUGGGGGGGAAAAGAGCCAAAGGAAUGCAGAGUGCUCUUAGAGGUGUGUGGCACCACAGAGCUGGGUUUCCCUGUGCGUUCAUUGCAUACAUGACAACGGACUGUCAGUGUGCUUCUGGGUGAAAACACUGCAAAAUGGUUCCCAGGGUGGGGCGGGAAUAGCAUCAGCCAGGAACUUUUCUCGACGUUAAACAUAAAGACAACUUAUAUUUUUUCAAAGAAAUAUUUUAUACUCAGGAUUGCUGAAAGUAUGCUUAAAAGUAUCUAGCCUUCCAUAUACACAAAAUAGUUUUAGAUGAAAUAAUUGCAGAACCCUGUUAAAAUAUUAGAUAUUCCAUCAGGUCCUCUGUUUUUUUAAUCCUAAAAGAAAUUCCACAUAUGGCAGUUUGUAAAUGAAAUGAUUGGUUCUCUCUGAUCCACUUGGGUGCUUGAGGUUCUGAAACAUGACGCAGUGUAGACAGUAUUUGUGGCCAUGCACACACCUGGGAGCAGCUGCCGGCUACUCUGAUCGCAGCUAGACUAGUAGAAUCUAUUGCUGUACAGUAUGUGUAUAUGUGCACAUACCCAGGGGAGGCGGGAGACUUGCUUAGGCUGCUGUUGGCUACUUAUCAAGCUUGUGAUGUUUCUACACUUUGAAGAAGUCUUAGACCAUAAAGAGGCGAUAGUCCUUACUCUGGACCUUACCGAAUUACCUUCGUGUAAAAUAAGUGUUUAUAGUUUGCGAAUUUCCCCCGAAGUUAUAAACUAAAAUAUGAAUUUGUUCUUUACCCACUGAGACGGCUCAAAGAAAAAGAAGUCAGAAUGCCAAAUAGCAUCCCACCUUUAUGCAAAGAGGAUUUGCUAGGCCACUGGACUCAAAUUUCUCUUCUUCAACUGGCUUCUGAUAACUUUUAUAGCGCCAACUCAAACUGUACACAUGCCCACUUCAGAACAAUUCAUUGCAUGUAAUUAGCAAGCUGGAAGCUGAAAUGAAACUUUUAGCUUCCCAUUUAUUUUUGAUACCUUUAAUUACAUUGAUUUUUUAGCAUGAUUGAGUAUAUUGGCAGUCAUUAAAACACAAUAUAGCCUUCUUGAAUAGUAUGCAAAUUACUCCAUUGUGAAUCCAUACUAUUUUUUAAAAUUAGUAUGUUUGACAUUUAAAUCUAUUUCCAGUUCUCUUUGAUGGUACACUAACUAUUGCCUGUGAUUAAUUUUAUUGUCUUUAAGCCAAAUUAACACCUAAAAUAAGCUGUACUUUUAAAUAUUAAAUACAAUGACUUAAAAAUUCACCUUCAGCUUUCAAAACAAUUCCAUCCACAUAUGAAUUUCACAUUGUUAUUGAUUCAUUGAAGCAAAGAUUUAUUGCUAUCUGCACAGUCAUUUUUUAGGUCAUCUGUUGUGCAGCAGGAGGGUUAGGCCUAGAGGGGCUCUCCUUGAGUCAUGGCAGAAGCUCUGUAUACAAUGUGCUAAGCUGUGGAGUGAAUGCAAAUAACCGAAUUCUUUCUCAAAUAGCAAUGUGUAGUAAAUAAUAAAGAAGGCAUUUAUUGCCUUGGUAAAGAAAAAAUACUUAAUUGAGGCUUUUUUUUUUUUUAAUGAGUGCAGUCUACUGAUGGAAAAGGAAAAGAGAUGUAGUUUCUCUGUACCUCUUUUAGGCCAUUAGAGUGGUAUUUACCAUAGUUCAAGCUAGUAAAAUUAGCAAAAUAUGCCAACACAUACCCCAAUAACGGCUGCCGAGGCCCAGCUGUGCAGUACCUGGUGGUUUUGUAAGUAAAGGAUGUACACACCCCUUGACCUCUGCCCCACACCUCAUCUUCCGUGUAGGCACUGUCUGAAGAUGCCCUGUAGCGCAGCCCCUCCCCCGCAGUGCAGUUUGCCUUUCCAAGCUCUCUUCUGUGACCUUCAGACAAGAGCAGUCAUUUUGUCUUGAUCAGCGCAGUCGUCUCUUCUGCAAAGAAUUGGCUACUUGAGAUUAACAUGCCUCAUAAUCCACUCUUGAUUGCAUUUACAUUUUUCUUUUUGUCUUGUAUAAUUUGUAAUGAUUUGUUGUACAAUGAAAUCCUGUGAAUUGUUGAAUCCAUCUCAUUCCCAGUGAAAGAAUAUUGUAUGGGGUAGAAUUUGAAUUAAUCUCUUCAGAUAACUUUUGAUGCACAAAUGCUUUGGCUAAUUAUGUUUUGAACCAGCAGCUCUUUCUGUUUAUCUGUACUUGAAACUUCAAUUCACUCCUUAAAAGUGAAAUGUUCCAUUCUCAGAGAACUGGCCACAGCAAAGAUGUUUCUUGCUGUUCUUGAAAUAUUUGUCUUGUGGCAGAUGUGCAGCCUUCAAGGGAAUAGAGCGGAACAAGCAUGCAGACACAGCUGCUGGAGGAGUUUCAGAAACCUGCAGAUGUGCUGUUGGUUGUCAUGUGAACAUAUGUGUCGCACCCUAAUGUAGAACACUAAUGGGCUACAAAUGCACAAGGCCCUGGGUUCUGUCCUUAGCAAUACACACACACACACACACACACACACACACACACACACACACACACACUAGGGGGCAAGCACUGUUAUGAAGUUUACACAAGUUAAGGUCUUUCUCCAUAAGCAUCACCUGUGACUCAUUAAAUGCAAUGGAUUUUAAUGCUUAGGGACAAAUAGGGAACUAACUAGGAGAUUGUGUCCAAUUCCACUGAUAUCACCACUAAAUCACCACUUAUGUUUAAGAACUGUGAAGGCAAUAAUAUUGACUGGUAAAUUCUAUCAGUAUUAAUAAGCAUAGAAUAUACAUAACCCUCCCCUCCCUUUUAUUCUCUCUGGAAUUACCUAAAGUGAACAUGCUGGCUUCCUUUGGAAAGGCCUACGUCUUCUGUGUGUUUGAAGUUAGGAAAAUUUGUUUUAAAGCAAUGUUUACUAUUCACCCCCUACUUUUAGAAAAUGCUGAUUUUCACAAGUACCGAAAUCAUCUGCUAGGAAAUGCAAGGCCACCUGAGCAUGCAGCAUGGGUAGAGGCUGAAGGCUACCACACUCUGACUUUUACCCUGUGUGAAAUUCUCUCUGAAUGGUAAAUUCUUUAUGUUCAUGACCUGGAUAUGAUGCAUAGGAAUUUGUUGCCUUUUGGAUUGUGUUAAUGGUCCUUUGGUGUAAAGCCUCAGUUUUGGAUAAAUUGUUUUUACAAUUAAGAUGUGCUGUUUGUACAUGCCACUGUUAGAUACUGUUUUCCAUAGGGAUAGUAAGUCACAUGAGUCUCAGAGAAGCAACUUCAUGAAGAGACUCACAGUAGCCUCGUGUGGUAACUGUAACUAUUUACAGUCCUGCUGAUGUUAUUUUAAUAUGUUAAGAGGGACAGGAAAGAUUGUGCAGUUUUGGAGAGGUGACAGGUGGAUAUUGCUAGCUUAUACAUCCUCUGGGACUUCGGGCAAUAGUGAGGAUUGUAAUUUGCGAAAGUGAGGAUGGUACACCCGAAGUUCCAGCGACCUCCUCACAGGGUGUGUCUGCUGGACUUGGCAUCUGUGUGGCAUUUGGCUGAUUAUAUGGAGAUGUUUAAGUUUGGUCCAUAUUGUAAAAGUGAGGUCAUCUAAGUUAAAAAUGGGAUAUUAUGUGCCUGAAGCAAGAUGUUUCCCUUCCUCUCCCUAUAUCCAGUGAAACCCGCUCUGCUCAGUGUCUGGCUACUGUGGUCAGAAAUAAGAAAACACACACACACAAUGCAGCUGCUACAGGAACUAUUACAGGUAGCUUAUCUGUUUCCCCAACAAGGUAUUUUAUCAUUGUGGAAAACUAUGUCUUGAUGCCAUAUGAUGGGCAACAGGCAAGAUAGCUGCUUGGAAUUGUUAUGGCAAGGUCAUUAGUGAACACUUAGCUAAGUAUUAGAAAACAUGUCAAGAGAGGACUGUUCCACAGAACAAAGAGAGAAGUGUAUACCAGAAAUAAUAAUCCAAAGAAGGCAAUGUUUGCAAACUUGUCACUGUUUAAUCAUUCACCGAAUGCCCCCUUCAGAAUAUCUUAUCCCACCAUUUAGCUCUACAUUCCAAGUGCCUUUGGAACCAAGGUUUGAAGAAAGAAUACAGGACGUGUAAGUGCUUUUAAGUUUUAACUAAAUUCCUGAUAUUCCCUGUCAUGUCUGACUCAUACUUCAGUGGAUUUGAUCAGAACUAGCACUGUUUAGGGAAGCCUCAUGUUAUGGCAGGACACAGUGUUUGUGGGGACCCAGAAGUCCUGCCUUGCAAAGAUGACAGAUCUUGCACAAUCUUGCUUCAAGUAGUUUCAGGGCACCAAAUGCCCAGGGCAGGACAUCACCCAGGGGUGCAUUGCUGAGGAGCAGAUGGUCAGCAGCACAUGUGAUCCCUGUUGAUGGGUUGCCUGGGAUUGGAAGCUGGGCAUGGUCACAGCAAGCUGGACUCCCAGACACCAGCAGAGCUUCCUUAAAGUUCCAUGACAGGUUGGUAGAUCCUCAGGGCAGGUCCCUGGGAGUCAUAUAGACAUUGAACUCCAUGCAAGGCCAUUCCUGUUACUGCUGCUGCUGCUGCUGCUGCUGCUGCUGCUGUUUCUUCUUCUUCUUCUGCUGCUGCUGUUUCUUCUUCUUCUGCUGCUGCUGCCACUGCUGUUGCUACUUCUGCUUCUGCUGUUGUUCCUGUUGUUGCUGCUGCUGCUGUUCCUGUUGCUGCUGCUGCUGCUGCUUCUGCUGCUGCUGCAGUAGAUUUUGGUGUUGGGCACUGAGCCCAGAGCAAGGGAUGUACUAAACAAGUGCUUGGUUGCUAAAUAAGAAACAAACCCCAAAGCAGCAGUUUUGUCAGCCUGAAAGUGAACAUGGCUGCACCCCUGGGGCCUUGUUUUCUUCCCUGUCUUCCAAUUCACGCUAAUUUUGUCUGACAAUAAAAAUUUUACAAAACAAUUUGUGAAGAAUUUGAAUGGAUAGAUGCAAAGAGGUGUGAACACGCUUGCUCAGUCCGAUUGUGCAACCGACUGCAGGUGUUUUCAUGCCUUGGCAGUAGCCGUCUUGGUGAAAGAUCCAGUGGAAAGAUCCAGUCAUUUUAGUCUUCCAAAUUGGGAACCAGAAAUCACAGAAGAAAAAUCUUUUCAGUAUUUUGCUUGCUGACAUUUAGUGGAUACAAUCUUCACUGAAAGGCUUCCUGACUUCUGUUGUUCCCAGUGGUGAUUCAGUGAAGAUCAAAAAGAGUGGUGCAGUCCUCUGCAAGGGCGUGGAGCCUCUGUUUUUCUGCACACAGAACUUUUUCCUGGAUGGCUUGGGGCUCAAGACGAAGGCUUGUGCCUGCAGCGGGCAAGAGUCUUUCCAGUGUGCCUUCUCCUUAGUUUCUGAGAUAGGGUCUUAUCUUUUCCUAGAACCUCCCAUCCAGGUCACCCCAGCCUUGAAAGCCCUCAAUGCCCUCAUCCCUAUCCAAGAAACAGACUAUGACUUUCCUGAAGGGGGCCUGCAUUUUGGGGGGACACCAGCUGUUCAACUGCUAUGGAAGGCAGCAAGUGUGCCCACUGGCUGUCCUCCAAAGCUCUCUAUGAAUACAGUGAGGCUCUAUCACAACAAUGUAGUCAUAGGUGAACAAAAGGGAAAGAAAUGCCUCUAUGAAAUAUUCACAUGAAAGAUGAAAGCAAAUGUUAUUUUUUUUUUUGCUAUUGUGUAAAUGUGCUCUGUAAA